AUGUCUUUCUCGGAGAAGCUCCAGCAGAGGAGGAAACUACAGGACGACACUGCUGCCGUUUACGAGGACUACGGCAAGAAGAAGCAAGUCUUCAAGAAGGGAAAAUCGCGUCUCUACAAAGAAGAAUGCGAGCGACAACUCCUGCAACUCAAUAAGGUCGGCGUUCAGCCGCCAACCGAAAUCUGUGAAGUGGAGCUGCCGACGGAGGAGCCCGCGACGCCAACACCCCAAGAGGCUCCGCAGCCGGCAUCUCCACCUCCUCGCCCGGAGUUGAGGGUGCGGAAACAGUGGGUAAAGUCGGAGAACAUCAAGUUCCGUCAAGAUCGCAGGAGCCCAGAAGUCCUUAACAAGGCCAAAGAAAUAGCGGUUCGGUUCGGCUUGCCAAAGGAGGUUUGCUUGCGACUUGCUCUACUUUUCCAGUUCCGCGACACGGAGCGUGGAGAGGAUAUGCUCACCGUUUAUCUCACAGCUUUGCAACGACUUAAGAAGGGUUUCAAAUGCGCAAAGCUGGCGAACGGGUCGCUCAAAGUGAAAAAGAAGUUUUUGCAAGUUGAUCCAAAGGCUCCGACAGUCUACAUUAAAGGUGUGGGUCCAGUGUUCAGGCGAACGACUGCUCUGGAUAUACGCGCAAUCCAGGAGGUGUAUGCGGGCACGUCGGAGUCGCGCGAGUUUCUGGAGGUUAACCGGAGAAUCAAAACACUGGGUCAUCGCCUGGAAGAGAACCGGUGUUGCGUCAUCAAGACGGACGUGCGCACGUACAGCCUGAUUUUUGACCGCGCCGAGGAUAUGGAUGACUUCUUCGCGGUCGUGGAUGUACUGAAGGGGACUCAUGGACCGGCAGUGUGGCGAGAGGACACUAGCGCAGCUGGAAAUGUCUUUCGAGUAGACGAGGGUAUGGACAUGACUUUGUAA